AGAAGGGGUUUAAGCCACUGUUUUGCAUGGUUUUUGUAUAUACAAUCAAUCAACCUCUGGGGACUUGGGUUUUUCACAGAAAGAGAGAGAGAUAUAUAUAUAUAUAUAUAGAGAGAGAGAGAGAGACAGAGAGAAACAUAUAUAUAUACAUAUAUAUAUGUAUAUUAUAUAUUAUAUAAUACAGAGUUAUUUUGCUCAAUUCUCAAUUCUAAUUCUCCCAGAUCUCUUACACAUUUCCCAUAAAUUCUGUUUUUUCCCUGAAAAAUUGUAGAUAUGCUGUUUUUAGUUUAACACAGAAGAUCUUUGUCCAAGAAAGAGUGAAUAGGAUGCGGGGGUGAUGCUUCUUUGUGUUUGAUGAGUUCAAAUUGCCAUGUAUGCUUGAGAUAUGGUGUUGAAGAAGAGGCUAGAUUUUGGAUUUGAUGGCUUCCAGGUGCCUUCUAUACCUAGAGCUCCCAGAUCAGCUAGAAGGAGGGGCCCACAUAAGAAGUCGGUUGACAAUGGGCAGAUCUGUGCAUUUGAAUUAUUGGCUUCAUUAGCUGGCAAGUUAUUGCAGGAGAGUGAAAGUUCUUCUGCCUCUAGUAAUGCUUCUGAAGGAAAUUCGAAGCCUGCCUUUGGCAAAGAUGUUAAGCAGGAAAGACAAGAUGAGCAUAAACCUCUAAAAGAAGAGUCCGUUGAUCAGGGAAGCUCUGAAGAAAGUGUUUCUCUAGAGCUGACCUCCCAAAACAUCGAUCGGAAGUUUAUUCUCAAAGAAUUUCCGCAUGCAGAGAGUGAUACUGUUUUGGAACACACUUCAGUUAUUACAAAUUCUGACAGCUCAGCGAAGGCUGGAGGUCAUAUGAAGUCUGUAAUUUGCAGUAGCAGGCCCAUAUUUCAAAGUUAUUCCAGUAAAGUAGAGGGAGGCUCCCAGGGUAUUGGGGAGUCCUGUUAUGGUAAUGUAGCAAAUGGAGUUGAAGUACAGAAAGAUAGUGAGCGAUUAGAAACUGGAACUUUGACUAGGGCUAACCCAUUCAGUUCCAAGAAUCCAACUGAAUUGCAUGCAAAAUAUCCUGCAAUGCUCAAUGGAGACAAUAAUGUCAAAUUGUCAUUGUUCAGGGAUCCUAUUCCUAAUGCUUCUUUUUCCAGGCAUAGGAAUGAUAUUGAAUUAGGUAGUAGAGAUGAUGACGAAAACAUUUCUAGGUGCAAUAAACCUAGCAACAAGGUGAAGGUCUUUAGGCCUUCACCCCGUAUUGGAGACCGAAGAAUAAGGAAAUUACUGACAUCCAAGUACUGGAAAGUGGCUCCAAAAUUAAGGGAUUGUGAACACUACAGAUAUGAUGGGGGAAUAAAACCUAUUUAUCACAAAAGGAAAACCUUAUACAGCCGGGAAAGAUCUCAACGCGACACUCUUUAUAAGAAGAGGAAAUUGGUUGACCGGAGCUCAGUAGUGACUUCUGAUGGAGGGUUCAGUGGUGAAAGUGUUUCUAAUUCACCUGAUAACGGAGACAAAAGUGGUCCUGCUGAAAACGGGGUAUCAGCUUCAGUUAUAGGUCAUCAAGCAUCUUCCCAUUCCAAGGAAUCUCACGUGAAAUUCAGAAUCAAAUCCUUUAGGGUACCAGAGCUUUUCAUUGAGGUCCCAGAAACAGAAACUGUCGGUUCUUUGAAGAGGACAGUCAUGGAGGCAGUGAAUUCCAUACUUAGAGGUGGAUUAAGUGUUGGAGUACUUGUUCAUGGGAAAAAGGUUAGAGAUGACAACAGAACUCUACUGCAGACCGGAAUUUCUUGCAAAGACAAUUUGGAUUCUCUGGGUUUUACUUUGGAGCCUAGUCUUGUGCAAGCUCCUCCAUCUUUGUGUUCUGGCGAUCCUCCUCCUUCAUUAUCAUGUGAGACUUCGGUGCUGUUGACCAGGUCCCCAGGCACACCUGUCUUAGACUCUGUGAUGUCUGAUGCGUUAUCUGAACCCCCACCUCUAACCCAUUCAGGCAGUCUUCCUGAAAGUAAUCAUGAAUUGGUUUCCUCUCAUAUUGACAUAUUGACCAACAAAACAAUGCUGGAAUCCCAGGCACUAGUUGCUAUUCCAGAAAUGAGCAUGGAGCCACUAUCUGUAGUUCCUGUGAACCAAAAAACUAAGCGAUCUGAGCUUGUACAGCGUCGAACCAGGAGACCAUUCUCUGUGUCAGAAGUUGAAGCAUUGGUGCAGGCAGUUGAGGAACUUGGAACUGGAAGGUGGCGUGAUGUUAAAUUGCGUGCAUUUGAGAAUGCAGAUCAUCGAACAUAUGUGGACUUGAAGGAUAAAUGGAAAACCUUAGUUCACACCGCAAAAAUCUCUCCUCAGCAAAGAAGGGGAGAGCCUGUUCCUCAGGAGCUUUUGGACAGAGUACUGGCUGCCCAUUCUUACUGGUGCCAACACCAAGCUAAGCAACAUGGCAAGCAUCAGGGCGGUAUUAUGAAGAUUACAGAGGCCCCGACUGAUAAGACAUGGAGCUGAAAGGUAUCCGAUUGUAUGAUGUAGAAAACAGGAAAAGUUGACAAACAGGGAAAGAAGACAAAUGUACAAAUGACCUAAAUUUGUGUAAAAAUCCUCACACCCACAGUAUGAUUCAUUGCCGGCGUCUCUGUCUGAGGAGGUCGGCAAAUGUAAAUGGUUCGUCGGAAUAAAGAUCAGUCUAACAGAACUCACAGUUGUUUUAAUUCAAUUGAUUUUAUUUCAUCAUGAUUUGAAAUGUAGAAAUGUGAAUGAACAUCAACAUGAAUAAAGUUCUUUUAUUGUCCUC